GCCAAGGCAUCUGUUGUUUCCGCUGCAUGUCAGCUUCACUGUGGCGUUUUGUGAGGACUUCUGUUGAUCCGAAUUCUAAACACAAAACCUCUGGAUCCUGAGUGGUUGGCCAUGGCGUCUGACUCCCCGCGCAGACCGAGCCGCUGUGCUGGUGGGGUUGUGGUUCGAGCACAGGCUGCAACAGAGCAGUCAUACAUGGAGAGCGUAGUUACGUUCUUGCAGGAUGUAGUCCCUCAGGCAUAUACUGGGACACCUCCAAAUGAUGAAAAAGAGAAGAUAGUUUGGGUCCGAUUUGAAAAAACAGACAUCAAUGAUGUGGCUCGCUUACCAGAGUUCCAAGAGAUGCACGGCAGCGGCACUGACCCGCCUCUCUGCUUGAUGAUUGGAUACACUGAUGGAAUGCAGAUUUGGAGCAUAUCACUGAACGGGGAAGCACAGGAGCUGUUCUCGGUGAGGCAUGGACCUGUGCGAACUGCUAGGAUCCUGCCUGCUCCUCAUAUCAGUUCCCUCAACACUGACAGCUUCGCUGAGAAACGGCCCCUCCUUGGCGUGUGCAAGAGCACGGGCUCUUCGGGGACAAGUCCCCCUUACUGUUGUGUGGAUCUUUAUUCCUUGAGGACAGGAGAGAUGGUCAAGUCCAUACAGUUUAAAACGCCCAUCUAUGAUCUGCACUGCAACAAAAGGAUUCUCGUAGUUAGUCUUCAAGAAAAGAUUGCUGCCUUUGACAGCUGCACCUUUAUGAAAAAGUUCUUUGUCACAAGCUGCUACCCCUGUCCUGGGCCCAACCUCAACCCUAUAGCUCUGGGAAGCCGGUGGUUGGCCUAUGCUGAGAACAAGCUGAUCCGGUGUCAUCAGUCCCGUGGUGGGGCCUGUGGAGAUAAUGCCCAGUCCUACACUGCCACGGUCAUCAGUGCUGCUAAAACGUUGAAGACGGGCCUGACAAUGGUGGGGAAGGUCGUGACCCAGCUCGCCGGUACACUGCCAUCAGGGGCACCUGACGAGGAGGGCACUGCCCAUAGUGGCACCCGCCGCAACCCUCACCAGCCUGGUGUGGUCACCAUCAUAGACACACACACUGUGGGAGAAGGACAGGUUCUUGUUAGUGAGGAUUCUGAUGGAGAAGGAGUGAUUGCACAUUUUCCAGCACACGAUAAGCCUAUAUCCUGCAUGGCGUUUAAUCCGAGUGGUAUGUUACUGGUGACUGCAGACACCCUUGGCCAUGACUUCCACGUUUUCCAAAUCUUGACUCACCCAUGGGCAUCUUCCCAGAGUGCGGUUCAUCAUCUAUACACGCUUCACAGAGGAGAGACUGAGGCUAAGGUGCAGGACAUCUGCUUCAGCCAUGACUGCCGCUGGGUGGUGAUCAGUACUCUUCGUGGUACCUCUCAUGUCUUUCCCAUCAAUCCGUAUGGUGGAGCGCCAUGUGCACGCACGCACAUGUCUCCACGUGUGGUCAAUCGCAUGAGCCGUUUCCAGAAGAGUGCUGGACUGGAGGAGAUCGAGCAAGAGCUGAGCAGCAAACAGGGCGGCCGGUGUAGCCCCAUUCCUGGCCUCUCUAGUAGCCCAUCUGGAUCACCACUACAUGCCAAACUCACCAGUCAAGAAUCCUUUAACAACUUCACCAACAACAACAUGGGUAACCCACGGCUGUCUCCAUUACCCAGUUUGACGGUCGUGCUUCCACUGGCUCAAAUCAAGCAGCCGAUGACCUUGGGCACCAUCACCAAGCGCACUGGCAAAUCCAAGCCACCUCCCCAGAUCUCUCCCAGUAAGUCCAGUGGUGGGGAGUUCUGCGUGGCUGCAGUCUUCGCCUCCUCCCGCUCUUGGUUCAUCACCAACCCCAACAUGAAGAGAGAGAAAGAUCAGUCUCGGCAGGCUGUCGUUGAAUCACUGUACAUCCUGAGUUGCUACGGAAAUCUGGUGGAGCAUGUGCUGGAACCUCGUCCAAUCAGCACGGCACAAAAGAUAGGCGACGACACGCCUCUGGAGCUGAACACCUGUCCGAGAGCCUGUUGGAAUCUAGCCAGGACACCGCAGUGGAAUGAGCUACAACCACCUUUCAACAGCAACCACCCCUUGGUGCUGGCCUCAGACUUUGUGCAGUACUAUCAAUACCGCCUGGCUGGAUUGGCUCCUCCUGGCAGCCCUGGCCCCAUUACCCGACAUGAGUCUUAUGACAGUUUGGCAUCCGAUCACAGUGGCCAGGAGGACGAAGAAUGGCUCUCACAGGUGGAGAUUGUGACCCACACAGGCCCUCACAGGAGACUCUGGAUGGGCCCUCAGUUUCAGUUCAAGACCAUCCAUCCGUCCGGUCAGACCACUGUUAUCUCCUCCAGCUCCUCUGUACUGCAGUCACAGGGGCCCAGCGACACCCAGCAGCCUCUCCUUGAUUUCGACACAGACGACCUGGACCUGCACAGCCUCAGGAUCCAGCCAGUGCGUUCAGAACCCGUUAGCAUGCCUGGUUCCUCUCGCCUGGUGGCCGACCGUAGUGGCCAGUCGACAGUCAUAGAUACCGGCUCAGGCAUGUUUGACCGCAGUGUCACCCUGCUAGAGGUGUGUGGCAGCUGGCCUGAGAGUUUUGGACUGCGUCACAUGUCCUCUGUGGAAGCCACGGAAGAGGGCCUGAAGGAGAGGCUGGCAGACGCAAUGUCAGAGUCGCCCAGCAGAGACAUUGUGGGCUCUGGGACAGCAGAGCUCCAGAGGGAGGGAAGCAUCGAGACGCUCAGCAAUAGUUCUGGCUCCACCAGUGGCAGCAUUCCCCGAAACUUCGAGGGCUACCGGUCCCCUCUCCCCACCAAUGAGAGCCAGCCCCUCAGCCUCUACCCCACCGCCUUCCCCUAAAACCAGCCGUCCUGCCCCAAAGAAAAGUUCGCUGUCGCCUUUGGACAAUCUUGACAGUACAACCACAACACAUCAACACAACUCCAUCCUGCUCCGCUAUAUCUUUUCUCUGUUCUUUUUCCUUUAAUCAAACCUGGCAUGCAGGAAAACCCUGUUCAAUCAGGCCCUGCGUUACCAUCCUUUGUCAUUCACUUCCCUUGUAGAUUAAUGUUAACAUUGCCUCCACCUGAGAGAGAGAAAGAGAGUGCAUGGAUAUUAACCUUGACGGGUCGGAUGAACUGUAAAAGGGAUCCGUUGGAGUUGCCACUUUUCUCAAAGAUGUGUCAUAUUACCAAUAUCAUUAUCAAUCGAACUUCCAGUGCGCUUCUUUAUUGAAUGCGUGCAUGUGUGUGAGAGUGUGUGCUCAUCAAAUACGUGUCCUGAUUAGCUCUCGGUAGUUGAGUUUAGGUUUGAGCUCACAAAGCGCUAUGCUGGUUUUCGAUCACACAUCAGUAGACAGUGUUUGAUAUAUUUUAGUAGACAUGUACUGUAGUUCACAUUUGAAUUGAUUUGACUUUUAUAGGUAAUCAAACAUGCUCAUGUUUACAACUGAAUCUUGUUACAUUAUAGUGUUUAUGA